CAAAUAAAUAAAAGUUUUGCUUCAAAAAAGUUAAUUUGAAAUUCAAUAGUAAGCCGACAGCGAAAUAAUGGCCACAAAAUGGGGUAUUUAUAGCGCCGGCAAAAUAUGCCACGACUUUGUCGACUCAGUCAUGAGUAUGAAGACAACUGACCAUCAGUUCGUGGCUGUGGGCGCCCGGAAGCUGACCGACGCCCAGGCAUUCGCCAAACUCUUUGAUAUACCGAAGGCGUACGGCUCUUACGAGGAGUUGGCCAAAGACCCGGACGUUCAAGUGGUAUACAUCGGGACAGUCAACUCACAGCACUUGCCGGCGGCCAAACUUAUGCUGGAAAAUGGCAAACAUAUACUGAUGGAAAAGCCUCUCACUAUCAAUACUAAACAAAACGAGGAACUGUUCGCUUUGGCCAAAUCCAAGAAGCUGUUUGCGAUGGAGGCCCUGUGGUCACGAUUUCUACCCUCGUACGAAUUCGCUUUCCAAGAGCUGGCAAAGGGCACAAUCGGUGAUGUCCUACACGUGACGGCAAACCUGGGCUUUCCCAACGCCGAUGUCAUACGUGUGGCGACCAAAGAGUUGGGCGGCGGGACUGUACUCGACGUCGGCGUCUAUGCCAUCAAUAUUGUGGAGCAGGUGUUCGGCGGAGAAGUGCCCGAAAAG